AUGUGGCGCUCGACACAAGCAAAUCUUCCCCGUCUAUAUUUAAAACUUUAGCCUGCACUUGCUGACGAAAAAUUGGAAAUACUAAAGCGUUUGGAUACAACUUGAUCGAAUUAAACAAAUUGUUUUAAAGGAGUUAGGAUUAGUUUUUCUCAUGAAAGUGUGUGGGCCUGCCCUGUGUCCUGGUGCCUCCCAUGUGCUGGCCUGCUGAGGCUGUGGCUGCUGCUGAGCCUGGUGUCUCCUCGCUGGGCUUCGGCUGUAGCUGAACCAGGGCUUCUGCUGGUACUACUGGUGCUGGUGGUGGUGGGUGUCCCACCCCAGGGGCCUGGAGGAGCCCAGUCCGUCCGGGCCGUGGGGCCUCUCCGGACCACCUCCCAGACACACGAAGAUGAACAAGCUGACCAGCUUCCACAACAACAAAGCUAUGCAGGACCGCCGCUGUAUCUGUGUCUUUCUCCCCAACGACGACACACUCAACGUCAUCGUCAAUGUGAAGACUUUGUGCCAGGAGCUGCUGGUCCAGGUGUGUGACCUGCUCCGACUGAAGGACUGUCACUUGUUUGGACUCAGCGUCAUUCAGAACAAUGAGCACAUCUACAUGGAGUUGGGCCAGAAGCUGUCUAAGUACUGUCCCAAGGAGUGGAAGAGAGAGGCCAGCAAGGGUAUCGAUCAGUUUGGGCCUCCUAUGAUCAUCCACUUCAGGGCUCAAUAUUACGUUGAGAAUGGGAGAUUAAUAAGUGACCGCUCAGCCCGGUACUACUACUACUGGCACCUGAGGAAACAGGUGUUGCUGUCUCAGUGUAUGCAGAGAGAGGAGGCCUACUUCCUGUUGGCAGCCUUCGCCCUCCAGGCCGACUUGGGCAACUUCAAACGCAACAAACACUUUGGGAAGUACUUUGAACCUGAGGCCUACUUCCCUCCAUGGGUGAUAGCCAAGCGAGGCCGAGACUACAUCCUGAGACACAUCCCCAACAUGCACAAAGACCAGUUUUCCCUCACCGCCUCAGAGGCUCAUCUCAAAUACAUCAAGGAGUGUGCCCAGCUGGAUGAUGUCACAGUCCACUACUACAGACUCUAUAAGGACAAAAAGGAUGUGGAGGCUUCCAUGACUUUAGGACUGACCUUGCGUGGGAUCCAAAUAUUUCAGAACGUGGGGACAGUGAAACAGCUCCUGUAUGAUUUCCCCUGGACCAAUGUGGGCAAACUGGUAUUUGUGGGUAAGAAGUUUGAGAUCCUGCCGGAUGGUCUUCCGUCGGCCCGUAAACUGAUCUACUACACCGGUUGUCCCCUACGGUCCCGCCACCUCCUACAGUUGCUCAGCAACAGCCACCGUCUCUACAUGAACCUGCAGCCUGUUCUCAAACAGGUCCGCAGGCUGGAGGAGAACGAAGACAAGAAGCAGUACCGUGAGUCGUACAUCAGCGACGCGUUGGAGCUGGAUAUGGACCGGCUGGACAAGCGUUCCCGGGCCAGCGGCAGCAGCGCCGGCAGCACCGUGUCUCACCUCAAAUGCCUGUCUCGCCACUCCACUGCCAGCCACAGCAGCUCACACACCUCGGGGGUGGAGACAGACAGUUUCCUUGCCCCCGGAGGGGCCCUGCACCGGGCCCUGAGGACCUGCAGCUCCUCAACGACUAGCCAUGGGAGCUCACACACCUCGGGGGUGGAGAGCGGGUGCAAGGAGCGCAUGCUGGACGAUGAUGAGAUUGAGAUGUUAGUAGACGACCCUAAAGACUAUGAGGAGCUCCAUGAGCUGACCCUGGAGCUGAACCAGGACCUGUGCAUCCACAUCACUGAGGACAUGCUGAACAUGUCCCCUGACCAGACCAACGGAUACUCGGGACUCAUAGUGAAGGACGUCCGCUCAUCCACCUCCAGUUCCUCUGAGACCGUGGUCAAGAUGAGAGGCAAGAGCAUCGAGUCUCUUCCUCAGACGUCAGUGUGCGGGAAGCCUCAGACGUCGACGGACCGCCACAGCCAAUCCCUGGACGAUGUGCGUCUCUACCAGAAGGGCUGCCUCCAGUGGGCGGAGCUAUGCCAGGACACUGCCCACAGCUACACCUUCGGCUGUGCCCAGGAGCUGAGUGACAGCAGUGGUUACCAGGGCAACCUUGCCGAGCAGUGCGCCGGUAUCCGCGGUGACCAGCUUGACGGCUUCCCCAUCAAGAGGACCAGCAAGUAUUUCUCCCUGGAGCUGACCAACGAAGAGGUCCCAGAGUUUGUGGUGUAAUGGAUGGACGGUGGAAACAGGGGUGAGGAUGAAUGGGUGAGGCAGAAAAGGGUGGCUUCAAGACCCCUGCUCCCCUGCCUCCACCGCUCAGACUUGUAGGUGCCUCAGGAAACCGAAUGGGACGAGAGAAGAGGGUUGGAGGUUUGGAGAGGUGAUACUUGGUUAUCUGUCUAUUGCCAUAAUCUGUGUCAGCCAUAACAGCCAUCAGCACUGGACUGGGAAGAGUCAGAUGGAGGUUAAAAGCCCUACAUCACCAGAGAGACAAAUAACUGACAGUGAAAGCCCUUUCGGAGGUAUCUUUUGCCGAAACUGGAAUAAUAAAAAAAGGAUAAACCUUUUCUGGGUUUCAAGAAAACCUGGCUGCAUCUUUUAAUCAGACCGAUAAUGCUCCACAGUGACACUCUGGUUGGGAAUGGAGUGUCAAGGGCCAAGUAAGGGAACGCCAAGGAAUACCUCACCCUUUAAUUAUACAACCUCCGACCGUCUGCGUUUCCAAAGCAUGUACUCUCUCCAGAAAGGUUUUUGGAUCUGAAUCUAGGGUGCGUUUGCCUACUAUGACUUUACUAAUGCAGUACACACACACACACACAGCCACACACACACACACACACACACACACACACAGCCUACAUCUAAAUGUUCUGCCCCUACAAAAAUAAGGAACACUGUCAUUGAUAGUGAAGCUAUAUGUGCUAUGAACCAAAGACAAGUUACAUUAAACAAAAGAUAAAGUCUUCAUGUCCACAUUAUUAUUAUUAUUAUUAUUAUUAUUAUUAUUAUUAUUAUUGUUGAAGUGUGUAACCAAUCAAUGAAAUGAUACAGCUUUGUGAGUCCAUGACAUGAUAUUAUGAAGUCACAAUGAGCAGGUUCUGGAUUGAUCCAGAAUCUAGAGGUUGAUCCAGAAUCUAGAGGUUGAUCCAGAAUCUAGAGGUUGAUCCAGAAGAGGUAUCAGAACCUUUUAGAAGAAGGAACUCUGAUGUCCUGCAUCUCCUUUCCCUCCCUCUGUCUCCAGUAUGCAGUAUGUAUGAUAUGACAUAAUCUCAGAGCCCACAACCAAAUCCAGCAUGCGCUAGUCUGAGAUUAGACAUGACACGCCACUUCUCCUCUCUUUGCCAGGAAGUGCAAUGUGCCAAGAGUUCCCAUGUAGAGCUGUUUCCUAGUGUGGUGACUAGACUGCUAUUAUGAACACACCCCACGUGCCUUCAUUACACCUAUGCAUGUCCUGAACCACAACCGUGCCUUGACAAUCAGUCCCAGCUUCUCGCUAAGCAACACAACACACCCACACGAAUCACGGAGAUCAGUUUUUAAGUCAUAAGGUACAUUUGAAACUCUUCUGUAACUUUAUUGUUGGUCAGCAGUACAUUUGGUAUUUAAUCAGACUUUAAAAAUCAUUAUUCAAACAGUUUUAGCUGAUUUAACCAGUAAUCAAUGAAGGGGAUUACCCCUAUAAUGAUGUGAUCUACCAUCCCUAUCCUACCAUCCCUAUGACAGACAUAUUUGAAUCUGUGGCAGUUAGUUUCCUGUCAUGUGACAUGUAGCACUGACAACGUCAUUGGCUGUUUCAGGACUUCCUGACGAAGUCAUUGGCUGUUUCAGGUCUGCUCUGUUGCUUGGGGCAGGAUGAGUUUCUACAUGCCCUCACCUGUCUGUCUGUGUGCAGAGCUGAGAAAAGUCCAGAUGGAAUCCACAUACACAAAAUGGAGUUGGGUUGGGUUUAGGCCAACUCUCAAACUGGCAUUUGACUUUGUUCUUUCUGUAUGCUGAUAUUUUUUUAUUAUUAUUAUUAUUCACUCGGUUGUCUUUGUUAGUUUUGAUUAUUGUCUAUUGUUUGUUUUGUCUCAAUUUAUUAUUUCAAACUGGAACUUGUUACAACAUUUGGUUUCUUUUCAUUUUAUCAUUUUAGCUAAUUGGAAGUUGAAAGUAAUAUUUUUUGAAUGGAUCAUUUUAGAACAAUGAGAUUAGUUGUAUAUGUUGAAAAUGUAUUAUUUGUGUGCAGUUGAUGUCUGUCAGUAUUAUAAGCAAUGUACAUGUAUGUGAGAAAAUUCACGUAAAAAAUAUUGUGCCCCUUUUUACCCAGCGAUAGUCUCAUUUCAUCUUACAGUAGCUGAAGAAAGUUGAUGCUUACUGAUUUUUACAUUACUCAGUUAAUUCGCCAAGAGCUAAACAAUUUUCACAAGGUUUGAAACCCACAACUACACAAAUCAUGUUCGUAUAAAGACAGCUUUAUUAUACCUUACUAUGUGUGGAUCCAGGCAAGGCUGUCUGGCCUCUUUUUCUAUUAGAUUUUGUCAUAGAGAGUUCUAACUAAUAAAUCUCCAAACCAUACCUAUUCAAUAUAAAUAGAAAGUAGAGCAUGUCUUCCAAAUGUCUUUCACACAGUACUUUUGCAUUUCUACCCCACUCAGUAAACCUUAUUGAGAAGACCGUGUCAGUUUCAUUAACCUCCUCAUUUCAUGUAUGGUAAUAGUACAUUAUGCAUGUACAUUUGUAUUCCAACCCUCAUUCGCGUUAUCUAAUAUCUCUGGAGUAAUGAACAAAACAAAAUGCUACUUCAUGAUGUAUUUGGAAUUCUAGACCACUGUGUACCUCAGUUAAGUAAUCGUUUUGGAUCAACAUUCUAGCUGAGCUUUUCCAUUGCUGCUCAAGGGACCUAUGUUCUAGAACCUUCUAGAGCCCUCUAAAAUAACAUUCUAGAACCUUUUAGAAUGUUCUAGAAGUAGCUCUGCUGUGGUAGAGUGGUGAGACCUGACAGUUCCACUUCUCUUCACAGCUGGUCUCAUCAGCUGGACACAUUGGCCUAGAACCACAGAGCAAGACAUCUUGAUCUAGAACCACAGAUCAGGCCAAGGCAGCAAGACGUGAUCGUUGGAAAGAAAUGUGUACUAAUGAAUACACUUAUGAAUUUGAUAUUGUUUUGAUUUCAAAGUAACAGUGUAUGCUGUAACAUUUUAUUUCUAACGAGAUGUUACUAGCUUCUCUAUUUUUACUCUUAUUUCUACUUAUUAAUAAUGGGUAUCCGAGCAAACAAAGACUUGUUGAAAUAUUUUUCUGGUAGAUUAUUGAUGUUCUAUGCUAUAUAAACCCAGUGUGUGUCCAGAUACACCACCAUUAAAACAGAACAACAACCUGAAAACCUUUUUGUUAAACUCUCUCCUUUGGUGACUUAGCCUCUAUACACAUCCAUACUGUGUGUCUGCAACUAAGUAUCCAUAGUCCUUUCUGUGAAAGGAUCUCCCUUCAGGAAAAAAUGAAUGAUUUAGUUUUUUUGUUAAACCCUGUUGUAGUGAAACAAUAUUCAAUAAAAAUGUACAUUUAUUUGCCUAA